GCAGGUUCGGUUUCAGCGACAAGUUGCGGGUCGGCCACGCCCCGUUAUCGAUGGCCCCGCCCUCAUAUAGGCACCACGGCGCCGCUGGGUCCGGGAGUAUGGACCUUCCGCAGCUGCCGGACUCUAACGUCCGGUACCGGGACCGGUGCUUCUGGGACUCGCGGUACCGGGAAGUGGGGGCUGCUCCGGCUGAGUGGUUUGGGGGCUUAUCCUGCUUCCGCGAGCAGCUGGAGGCGGAGCUGCGCCCGGGGGACCGGAUCCUGGUGUUGGGCUGUGGAAACAGUGCCCUGAGCUCCGACCUGUUCCAGCUUGGCUACACGGAUGUCACCAGCAUUGACUACUCUCCGGUGUGCAUCGCGGGCAUGCGAGCCCGCUACGCCCAGUGCCAGGGCCUGCAGUGGGUGGUGAUGGACGCUCGGGACUUGGCCUUCACAGACGGCACCUUCGAUGUGGUUCUGGAGAAGGGCAUGCUGGAUUCCAUGAUGGUGGCAGAGAUGGACCCCUGGAACGUGUCGCCUGAGACCAUAGCGCUGCUGGACCAGGUGCUGAAGGAGGUCAGCAGAGUCUUGCGGCCGGGAGGCCGUUUCAUCUCCAUCACCUUCGCCCAGCCGCACUUCCGCAAGCGCCAUUAUGCCCAGCCCGCCUAUGGCUGGUCCCUGCGCCACGCCACCUACGGCAGUGACUUCCACUACUUCCUCUACGUUAUGUGCAAGGGCCAGGAGCUGUCCCCUGCCGACUUGGUGCUGGGGCAGAGACUCCACGAGCUGGCCUGCCCCGCCCGCCCGCCCAGCUUCCUCCAGGCCUUGGACAGCGAGGAUUAUCUCAGUGCUCUUGAGCUGUGAGCGGGAAGGGCCUGCCACUCUUGUAGCAGCAAGGAGGGCCUAACCAGCCGGUGCCAGCAGCCAGUGCCAGAUUCAUGGGGCUGGGUGACAGCUCCUCUAAUCCAGUACCUUGCCUGUGGCUGGCAACAGGAGCCCAGCCCAUCCUGCCAGGCACCCGGGCACUGUGAGACCAAAGGGAACGGCGUUUUGCAGCCAGCUCAAUAAAGUCAGUUUCUCUCUAGUCCCCUAGCUCAGCCCCUCAUCCUGGUGCUGUCAAUCUCAAGGUUUCUGCAUGUGGGUAUGUUCUCAAGGGCCACCUUGUCCCAGGACCUCUGACACCCCUGCCUCAUGAAGCUCUGGCCUGUGGAGGGGAGGGAUAGCUCAGUGGUUUGAGCAUUGGCCUGCUAAACCCAGGGUUGUGAGUUCAAUCCUUAAGGGGGCUAUUUAGGGAUUGGAGUGGAAUCUUUUCAGGGACAGGACUGGACUAGAUGACCUGUCAAGGUCCCCUCCAGCUCUGUGAAAUAGGUACAUCUCCAUAUUAGACUACAGUUCCAAGCGGCCACUGGGGUCAGGCUGCCUUGGAGGACUGUUGUGUGUACAGCUCUGCUCCCGCCUGCCCCUCCAUAGCAGGGCGGCUGCAGCCUGUUCCUCCAGCACCAGCCAUGGGGUUGACACAGGGAGCGCCUCACGUCUGGCUGCAGAGCCCAGCGGGAGAGGAGUGGAGUGGGGACUGGGAAAGCUUGCUGUAGCACCGCCAGCCCAUUGCAGUGUGCACGCUCCGUGGGGCUGGAUGUGAGCAACACCCGAAACCUGCUGCAGUUCUGCAGGGAGCCAGGGGCAGGCCAGGCGGAACCGGGGAAGAGCUGGCAACGGGCACUUGUGUGGGGAGGCUCAGGUUGACUCAGCUCCCAGCGCUCUCCCUCCCCGCCCCCAGCUCGCUGGUCUUUGUGUCUGGUAAUGAAGCUGCCAGAGAAUCCCUGAAUCAUAUUAAUUCCCUCCAUCCAUCUUGGGGCGGGGUGGGGGAGGGGCACUGGCCUCGCGCACGCUCAUGUAGAUUUCGCAGCAGUGCAGAGGGAAAGGGAGGGAUUUCAGCAUCCGCCACAAGCAAAUCGCUCUAAUCCAGCUUCUGUGCUCGCAUGAUUAGGAAGCAUUAUGCCAGCGAGAAAGGGGCAGGAUUCCCAGCUCCCUGGGGAGCUCUGCCUUGCUCAAAGGCUCUUUGUGCAGCUCCCCGGGCAAGGAAACCUGUGGCCUUGCUGGGGUUGGGGGAGAGGGUAGCCCUUGAAUUGGAUUGAAAUGUUUGCCCUGUUGUUUUCCUAGGCCAUGUGGCCAGGAAUAGUGGAGGAGGGGGAGAGGCUGGUUAUACCGUGCACAGUCAGGGACAGAUGGGACAUGACAACCUACUGCCGCCGGUCGCUGGAGUGAAGCCGGCUCCUGGGCUGGAAGAAGCCACGAUACUGAAGUCACCAGGGGCUCAGGUCCUGGAAUUCAGGACUCAUAGUUGCUUGGUCCAGCUGGCUGCCUCUUUUGGGGAGAGGGUGAAUUCUGCCCAGCAUUGCUUCAGUUCUGGGCUUUGGCCCUGUGCCCCAGUGUAGAGAACCCAGCCCUUUCCCUGGCAUAACUGCUUGCUCCACGGAUAGGAAGGGAAUUCGCCCUCCUUGUCCGGUCAGCCUUGACUUGCAUGAGCCCCUGUCUCCUGGGUUGGGAAGAAGAUUCCACUUCCACCAUGUCAAUUGCUGGCUUCCCCAUCUCUUCCCAAGGCUGCCUCUGCCCUGAGGCUGCCGUGCUUUCCCACUGCUGUAGUAGCACAGGUGCCGUUCCUAGCGUGUCCUGGGGCUACAGGAGUCUGAGCAGGGCGUGGUGACGUGGUAAAAACCUCAGCAUGGGGUUUACAGUAGGACUCCCCCAGUGGGGCCUGCACCACCUGCACUACAGCAUCAAGCAUGGCUGGGUAGGCAUGGCUGAGAACCACCCCCAUCCUCCUGUGCAUUUGCCCUGUCCUCCAGGUUGCCCCUUCACCCGCAGAAUAUCGUUCAGUGUCACUGUGUGGCACAUACAGGUUUCCAGGGUAGUUCAGUCCUUGAGUGCAUCAGCUCCUUCUGCAUUGAUGGGAACCCUCCCACAAACAACUCCCUGAGGUUAAAGUGGGUCUGACCCCCCGCCUUUGCUCAGUCCCAGGUUCUCCCUAGGGAGCCCUCAUGCCACCCUGUGGAGUUAGCUUUCUUCACUCUUGUGCUGCUCUCCCUCGGCUGGCGGGGGCCUACGGAUCAGUCCUGCUGCUUUGGGCUGUCUCUGUGCAGCAGACUCACUUGCCACAUGUAUGUGGGAGCUUGUAAAUGUCAGCACCCUCCUUGUUAGUCAUCUGGCUGGCUCCCUGUACGCACACACCUUUUCAGCUCCUUGGAGAUGCUGCAGCCGCUGAGUCGGAGCUGCGGCACCAGAUUGGCUACGAGUCCCUCUCCGCCCACACGUGUCUGAGAAAAACUAUUAUGUUUCCCAGUGUUUAUAUUAGCUCUGCAUAAAAUUUCUGUGCAUGAAAUCUUUAAUGUUGCUCCUGACCUAGAUUUA